ACGCGUACACGAGCCCAUUAUGACCUGAACUUCAGUACCACGAAGAUAGACACCGACUGUAUAGUCGACUACCCCUCUCACACUGGAUUUUUAUGAUUUUCUGUGAGAGAGCCUAGCAUUCUUCAUACAUCAGGUGAGACAUAUGUUCAUCCAUAUUUAUCAGCAAUAUAAACAUAAAACGCACCGCAAACAAGCGAUUGGCGAUUUUUAUCACAGGAACGUGCUAUAUUUAUCACAUGCGACAAAACUUUCUUCUCUGAAGGAGCUGUCGCAGGUGCCUGUCGGUCAUCGCCGGGAUUCGCGAUAAACUUCAAAUACGUUCUAUACCGCCCUCGCACAGGACACUGUGGAUUGCGCAGCCACCUGGAGAAAAUCGGGUGGCAAACUCUUCACAGUGCCCAUGUGGACACGACAAAACCGCCAAGCGAUCAUCCUGUUUUAGGCCCAUCGGAGGAGCAAAAUGUCGAAGUAUCAAACUCUGAAUCAACCGCUUGACUAAUGUACGGAAGUCCGUGGUGGUGUUUCAGCAGGGGCGAAUGUUGCGUAUGACGUAUCCGUGUCUAUUUUACGUCACAAAUUACGUUAAUACAUCACACGUAAAAUUGAUACGAACGCGUCAUACGGAAGAGCGUCUUUGACUUGCUGAAACUCGCUACCCGCCUCGUCUGCUCUUAUCUUUGGUUUUCACAGGUGCAGCCCCUGCUGUGUCAGUCACGAUCAAACCAACACCACACAUUUUAUUCGCAACUUUUUUUCGACAAUUUUCAUCUCGUGACGUAAACAAGAGGUGUAAUUCUCUGAAAAUGUUCGUCUUCUAUGAACCACACAUGUAUAUUUACUCUCGUCACGUUUGGAUGAUCCAACAAGGCACAUGCCCCAAGCCUUCUUACGAAUGAAACAUCAAUGCUGCAUCAUUAAAUGAGCAGACGAAACAAACAAGACUGAGGGUUUGGGAAUCGGCCAGUGACCUUGUCCAAUAGAGGGCACUGAAUCUUAUUCCUCGAGACUUCGAUUGCUCUUAAACCAAUCAGAACUGAGAGAUUCGUUUGCAACUUAGUCCCGAAAGAUCGGGAAAUUCGCUUUCGACACAGAAACAUUGAGCAGACGACACCAGCACCACAGAGACGUUUUCGAAGCAGAGGACUUAUAUUUUGUAGUUUGCAGUAUUCCUGCAAUCUCAUUUUUGGGAAUCUUCCAGUGACCUUGUCCAAUAAAGGGCACUGAAUCAGAUUCUUCGAGACUGUGAUUGCCAUUGAACCAAUCAAAGAGGUUCGCUUGAAAAUCUCAAUCAGCAAUUACAACAGCGAAAGAUCGCCCGUGAAGGAAAUUGAUAAGCUUGAGCCACUUCCGACUUUCUCGUUUUAGGGGAGUGGCAAAUUGACAUACAGCCACUGUGUACGAAAAUAAUGGCGUCACAAGGUGAUGCCGUGACGGGCCUACCCUUGCCGGGUCCCUGGCCAACGCGGUGUUUCUAUUCCCGGUAUCUCCAAGACAUGGCCCAGUCAAGUAACAUCAUGCGCUUCGUCAUCCGAAUCCCCCUGAUGUCUUCACUGGCUAUCCUGGGAUUGGUGGGAAAUGUGUUAUCCUUUGUCGUGCUGGGAAAGGAGAUGCGGGCAACAUCGACAUCCUUCAUCCUACGAUCUCUGGCCGUCGUUGACAACACAAUCUUGAUGACAUACGCCCUCUAUUUCUCUUUCCCGACGGUUUACACAGUCACUGGUCAAAUGGUGGAUUAUUUCGAAUUUCAUCAAUAUUUUAAUCGCUACCUGUGGGGAAUCUUGUGGUUCUGUAAGACCAUGGGGAUCUACCUUGUUGUAUUUGUGACAACUGAGCGUUUCAUUGCCGUCCGUCUGCCGCUGAAAGCCAAGAUACUCUGCACCGUCAGAAACGCCCGGAUCUCCGUCGCGUGUCUUUGCGUCUUUUCGUUCGCGUACAACCUCCCGAAAAUUUUUCUCAUGGAUGUUGGCUACGCGUACGAUCCGUGUUCACCGGGUCAACCAAAACCGGUCACUAUAUUAACUCCCCUUAAUUUCAACCCAUAUUUCGAAUCGAUCUAUACCUAUGGGUUAUGGUAUCUUUUGAUUGUUUUCGUUCCGUGGGGAAUGAUUAUCGUCAUGAAUAGCGUCAUGUUAUGGUGUUUGCGGCGGUCGGCCCAAGGGAACCUUGGGAGUGACCAGGGCAAGCGAGCCAGGGAGACGAAGGCUAUCACAGUGCGGGUCAUGGCAGUCUCGGUGGUGUUUUUACUACUGGAGAUGCCCCAGGUCAUCGCUAAUAUCAUCUGGGCUUUAGCAAUCGUCACUGGUUUAGCUCAGUCACAAGAGCAAAACGUAUUGGACAUAAGACUCCUUCAUAACGUGUUAGGAAACACAUAUUUUCUCUCCACAGUCAAUUCCUUUAUUAAUUUCUAUGUUUAUUGCGUCACCGGAAAGAAUUUUAGGUAUACUCUAAAGAAAAUGUUUAAGUGCUGUAAACGGCUGUCGUGACGCCAUGCAGCUUAAAGUCGUCGGAUUCAAUCACAAGUUGCAUUCAUCGAGAGAUGAACACGGCCGACACAUUGCUUUAAGCGUUUAAACUACUGUAAUUUGCAAGGUAUUCAACAUGAGCCCACCAUUCAGGCCUUUGGGCUAAAUCCAAAAAUCUAUCGUUUAUAUCAAGUAUGAAUUAGAUAUGAUCCAUACUUGUUUUUAUUAAUUGUCUCUCAACCACAACAAAACCGCCAGUGAAAAGAAUUUAACGGGAUCUAGAAAAACAGAAUACGCCUAUUGUUCUGAAUUGAGACGUAUAUGGAUGCUCAUUGGUAGUGGAAACUGGAUUUUACAGAAGGCUUUCGAUGACAAGGAAAGAGAAGGCGGGAACAGCGUAACAAUUUGUCCAGCGAGGCUAACGAAAUGCGCUCACGAUGGUUCUGUCGAUCAACUUAAACUGAAUAAAAGGGCACUGAAUAAGUAGUGAAUUGCGAUUGAGGCUAAAACCCGUGGUCUCUUGUAGUUGAAUGCCCCCAUACCCAGGGGGAAGCAGUAUGCGGCAGAUCCCACACAGGGGUAACCUGUCACGUCGCCAAAUGACCGUUAGCUUCCUAUUCUCAUGUUCUUGGCGGCAACUGCCAGGAGUCUGUCAUGUGGUCCGAUGUGCCAAUCAGCAAAGUCUCUGACUUCGACGUUGAUGUUGUGUGACGUGAAGUAGGUGUCGAGUAGUUUUCUGUAACACAUGCGCUCGAACACUUUCUCGAUUGACCAACACCUUAUCGGAAGUCAGAAAUUUCCAUGCCGACUUAUCGACGGUGAAUAUCAGUCCUAAAAUCUCAUCCUUUGAAGAAUGGAUAUACGCACAACGACGGUGGAUUGGCAUGCAAAUAUCGUUUGAGAAAAGUGGUGUCAAAAAAGUAGUCAAAUUUAUAGUUCUAUGCUCGACAACGUAUGAAAUGUAUAAAAAUGUCGGUCGAUUGUGUCGGGCUAAAUAUUCAUCGCGACUCCUUACUUGGUUCUUUUUUGUACUUGUAUUAAUGGCGUAUAUGGCGACAUAACCAUGGUAACCACUUCGGAUUGGAAGGAUAUGUAACUCUUCUUUUGCCACGUGGUCAAUCAUUGUGUGGUUUGUUCAGGGACGGAUAAGAAUUUAUAAUGAAAUCAAUGUGGACUAUAUAGCAUUGGGACGUUGUUUGUUCCGACUGAGCAGAUAGCGAUUUGUACUCUGUGUUUGGAGGAAGCAUGAUAAACACGCUAAAAAGUUUUUCUCCGUAGAAAGUUCACCUGAUUUUGUAAUUCUCUGAAGUACCCAAUCCACCGAUUUAACCCUCCCGGCUCGGCGGUGCUUAACCUGGGUGGAUGGGACCGAGUGCGUAGAUCAUAACUUCAUAAUUGAACGAGAGUGAUUUGUCGGACAUCUCUUUAGGGCGUAUGAUACACGGCUGCUAGAAAUAUUUUUUUCUACAAAGUGGAUUUGAAUAACCUAUUUGUCGAUUUGCUAUUAAUCUGUUCGAGCCGCAAUCAAGAGGAAUAUAAUUUGACAUUGACACCUGGCCUAUCGGGCGGGGCUGUCUCUUCCUGAGUCGGGAUGACAACCAAUCUGUCCCGUUUCAAACUUACUUUUGCGUCAAAGUUGCCUUUUCUAUUCGUGGUCGCGCCAGGACUUUACGCAUCAUCAAAGUGCAUCUCGCAGACGUUACAAGGAAUAGAACCAAAACAGCAAAGUGAAGCGUGGGGCACCGACGGUUUCCUCAACAUAUUCAUGGCGAAAUCGUACACGUUUCAGGAAGGAUACCUUAUCGGGUGGCAAAUGUACAACCGAAUUGACAGCGACAGUUAUUUU